UGGGAGCAUGGAGGGUCCCGUGCUGGCCCUGCUGGGGCUGUGCGUGGCGCUGGGCAGCGCCGGCACACGGGACACGGGGAUCAAGGACCUGGACCUCUUCCAGUUUUCAGGCCUCUGGUACGAGAUCGCCUUCGCUGCCACGAGGGGCGUGCACGGCGCCCGCAGCAAGGUGGGGAAGACAGGCGCCGUGGUGGUCGACCUGGAAUUGAACGGCCUGGCCCUGAUCAGCGCGUAUUUCGAAGGGGGCCAGUGUAUGAAGGAGAAUGACGGGGCUAGGCAGGUGGGCUACACGGGGAGGUUUGUGUUCCCAAAACCGUCUGGGGACAAGGAGGUGCUCGUGAUGGACACGGACUACAAGACCUACGCCAUCAUGGACGUGUCGUCCAACAAGGACGCAACUCCCCAUAGGAUCUUGAAGCUGUACAGCCGGACCCUGGAUGGCAAUGAGUAUGCCCUGGGGAAGUUCCAGCAGCUGGCCCAGCAGAGCGGGCUCCUCAGCACGGACGUCCACCUACUGGAGCGAGACCUGACCUGCGUGAAGCUGCUGCAGCGUGGAGGUGCGCCAAGGUCCUGAAGCAGGUGAGCCUUGGCCCCUAGCUGGCUUCCCGACCUGGCCUGGGGUGGGAGGGCCCGUUCGGCCCUGGCUCUG